AGUGACAGUAUAAAUGCUAUAAUGAAUAAUCGUAUAGAGUUUGAGAGGAAUUCUUAUCCGUAGUUUCAAUACUUUCUAAAAUCCAAGAUAUUAGAAUUCUUUGAUCGUUCUAUGUGUAACAAUAGUUACUUGUAGGAUUGUUUCUUUUACUAGUUCUAAUACACUUCAAUUUAAUUGUAUGUCUGCAGUUUACAAACAGUACGACGCAGUCCAUCUGUAUGCAACUGUUACGCAUCGCCUCGACUAUGUCUUUCCAAGGAUCACCUUAUUCGGGCCCUGGGGAUGAAUACGACUUUGAAGACGAUGGGUACGACGAUAUCGAUGAGUAUAGAGACCCAGCUGAUGCAUUACUGCCUUCUCUGGUAGACGACAGCGACGAAGAUACAGAGGAAGCAAGUGAAGCAGAGCUGCCUAACAAUGAUGAACCUCAAGAACUCAAAGAACAGAUGUACCAAGAUAAGUUGAUGAGUCUUAAAAAGCAAUUACAACAAUUAGAAGAAAAUAUUUAUCCAGAGUUCACAAGACGAGUGAAGCGCCUGGAACAUCAACUACACGAGCGGUUACGCCUCAAUAAAAUCUAUAAAGAACACAUGUAUGAAGUUGUUGAAAGGGAAUACAUUGCAGAGAAGAAAGCUGCGGCUAAAGAAUUUGAAGAUAAGAAAAUUGAGCUAAAGGAAAACCUGCUUAAAGACUUGGAAGUGAAACGAAAUGCAAUUGAGACUGAGAGAAAUAACAUGGAACUGAAUGGUGACUCUAUAGAGGUGAAGCCCCCAAUGAAGCGAAUAUUGAGAAGGCGCGCUAAUGAACCUGCGCCCGCGCCUGAAAAGCGACGUAAACCGCUCGCCACUACACUUACAUUCCAACUUGAUGACAGAGACAUAGACGCUGACCUUAGGGCCAUUUCUAGGAGUUCACCACCCAGACACCACACACAUAAUUCGACACAACCCAGGAAACAUCUCAACUCAAAUUGUGAGUCUCCAGUCCGAGAAUCGCCCCCAGAACGCGAAACGGCAGAUACUCGAGUUGAAGAUGGGAAGCUAUUGUACGAGCGCCGGUGGUUCCAUCGUGGACAGAGUGUUUACGUUGAGGGAAGAGACAUGCCGCGAUUCCCAGCGCAUAUACACGCCAUUACCGAUGAAGCGGUGUGCGUUAAGAAGACGAAUUCGGAACGUGUACGAAUCUUCGUAUCACAACUCGCCAGAGGCAAAGUGACGUUAAAAAGACGCGCUUCAUAAUUUUAAGGAUUGUGUAUAGUUGUAUAUAUUAUAGUAAAGAAUCCUUAGCACGAACACUACCUAAAAUUGUCAAUAUAAUAGAAUAAAACUCUUUGGUGUUACGUGACCAUAUUUGGAACUCAACUGUAGCCGUCUUUACAAAUACUAAAGGUAUAAAAAUGUUUUGCAUUAGAAUAUUGAGCCGAGCUCUCUGCGGGCGUUUUUGGAACUAUACGGUAGCACUUGUGCACCUAAUGUAAUGUUGUCGUAAUACGAACAUUUAUAUUUUGCAUUAAAUUUUUUUUUUUUUUUAUAUGAGGUGAAAAUGCGCUUACGCAGGCCCGCAUCAAGGAUGUCGAGCUUGACGCGGGGACUGUGGGGCUGGGUCUACACUCAAAUCCCUCUGCUAUUCAGAGGGGUAGCGAGACCCCACCCACUAAAAACAUCUCAGCCCUUCACACGCCCUUAAUAUGGGC